UUAUUCUUCCACACUAUAUAAGUCUGCUGAAGCAAACGACGACCAUAUUUCACACACAAAAAACAUCAACUUCGAUCGCGAUUGAUCGAUCGGAAUGCAGAGGUGGAGUCUUCCUCCCGUUUUGUUUCUUAUAUGUCUCCUCUUUCUUCUUCCGAAUCACGGUCAAAAGUUACACGCAAAUGCGGAGUCUAAUUCAGAUGAACUGGUGGAUCCACCCAAGGUUGAAGAGAAGCUUGGUGCUGUUCCACAUGGUUUAUCUACUGAUUCUGAUGUCGUCAAGAGAGAAGCUGUGUCAAUGUCCAAGAAACGUCUUCGCAGCAAUGCAGAGAAGUUUGAGUUCCAGGCUGAAGUAUCGCGGCUUAUGGACAUCAUCAUCAACUCUCUUUACAGCAACAAGGACAUUUUCUUGCGAGAAUUAAUCUCCAAUGCAUCCGAUGCUUUGGACAAAAUUAGAUUCCUUUCUCUUACCGAUAAGGAGAUACUCGGUGAAGGUGAUGAUACCAAGCUUGAGAUCAAGAUUAAAUUAGACAAAGAAAACAAAAUACUUUCGAUUCGUGACAGAGGUGUGGGUAUGACAAAGGAGGAUCUGAUCAACAACUUAGGAACGCUUGCCAAGUCUGGAACUUCAGCUUUUAUGGAUAAAAUGCAGACAGGAGACGAUCUUAACCUCAUCGGACAGUUUGGUGUCGGAUUUUAUUCUGUAUAUCUUGUUGCCGACUAUGUGGAAGUCAUCAGCAAACACAACGACGACAAACAGUAUGUGUGGGAGUCGAAGGCUGAUGGUGCAUUUGCAAUUUCGGAAGAUACAUACAAUGAGCCACUCGGUCGUGGUACUGAAAUACGAUUGCACCUAAAGGACGAAGCUGGGGAAUACCUGGAAGAAUCAAAACUGAAGGAUUUGGUGAAAAAGUAUUCGGAAUUUAUUAACUUCCCGAUAUACCUCUGGGCCAGCAAAGAAGUUGAUGACUCUAGCGAUGAUGAAGAUGAGCAAGAAUCCACAGACGAUGAUGAACAAAAACCGAAGACCAAAACCGCCGAACAAAUGACAUACGAUUGGGAACGCUUGAAUGAUGUUAAAGCUAUAUGGUUGAGAAGCCCAAAGGAGGUGACCAAUGAAGAAUACGUAAAAUUCUAUCAAUCUCUUUCCAAGGAUUUUGGUGAUGAGAAACCAAUGGCAUGGAGUCACUUUAAUGCGGAAGGCGAUGUGGAGUUCAAGGCUGUUCUGUUUGUACCUCCUAAAGCGCCUACUGAUUUAUACGAGAAUUACCACACUGUCAAUAGAUCUAACCUCAAGCUUUAUGUUAGAAGAGUAUUCAUCUCUGAUGAGUUUGAUGAGCUUUUACCCAAGUAUCUAAUGUUCUUGAUGGGUCUUGUUGAUUCUGACACGCUACCACUUAAUGUAUCUCGAGAAAUGCUUCAACAGCACCAAAGUUUAAAAACAAUAAAGAAGAAACUUAUUAGGAAGGCCUUUGACAUGCUCCGCAAACUUGCUGAAGAAGAUCCCGAUGAAUCUAGUGAUGACAAAGACAAGAAAGAGGUGGAAGACUCAAAGGGGAAUGAUGAGAAGAGAGGCCAAUAUACUAAAUUCUGGAAUGAAUUUGGAAAAUCGAUCAAACUUGGUAUCGUUGAGGAUGCAACAAAUCGGGACCGUUUGGCAAAACUUCUUAGAUUCGAGACCACGAAAACGGACGGGAAACUAACUACACUCGAUAAAUACAUCUCGAGAAUGAAACCGGGGCAAAAGGAUAUCUUCUACAUUACCGGCCCCAACAAGGAACAGCUCAAGAAGUCCCCGUUCCUCGAGAGGCUUAAAAAGAAAAACUAUGAAGUGAUUAUCUUCACAGAGCCUGUGGAUGAGUACUUGAUGCAAUACUUGAUGGAUUACGAAAACAAGAAGUUCCAAAGUGUUUCAAAAGAGGGUUUGAAGCUAGGUAAAGAUUCAAAUGACAAGGAAAUAAAGGAGUCGUUUAAAGAAUUGACAAAAUGGUGGAAGGAAACUCUUGCUAGUGAGGAUGUUGAUGAUGUGACUAUUAGCAACCGAUUGGCUGACACGCCUUGUGUCGUUGUUACUUCAAAAUAUGGAUGGAGUGCUAAUAUGGAACGGAUCAUGCAAUCUCAAACUCUAUCUGAGACCGGACGGCAAGGAUACACGCGUGGGAAACGAGUACUCGAGAUCAAUGCAAGACAUCCCAUCGUUAAAGAGCUCCGUGAGCGAGUUGCGAAGGACCCGAAGGAUGCAAGUGUAAAGACAACGGCUCAACUUAUGUACCUAACGGCAUUGAUGGAGAGUGGAUUUAUGUUACCCGAUCCUAAGGACUUUGCGUCACGUAUAUAUGAGUCUGUGAAGACGAGCCUAAGCAUAAGUCGGGAUGCAGCAGUUGAUGAGGAUGAUGAAGUAAAAGAAACACCAGAAGAAGCUAAGGUUGAAAAACAGACGGAAGAAGAGUCGCAUGAAGAUGUUAAGGAUGAAUUAUAGGAUUUGUUUUUUAGGUUAAAACAUACCACAAGCUUAUAAAAUGUACUGCAUAAAUAACUGUUGCUAAUGAUGUUGUGUUAGUGGGUGGUGGUCCAAGUAACCAACCAUCAUACUACAUGAAA